AUGACGUCCUUUGUGAUCAAGACCCCUUGCUCCUCUGCCAACAUUGGCCCUGGCUUCGAUGUCAUUGGCCUAGCCCUAUCCCUCCACCUCGAACUUCAAGUUACCGUCGAUACUAAACCAUCGUCACAACUACCCUUAAACUGCGCAAUCACAUAUGAAGACCAAAGCGGCAGUGUUGAAAAGAUCAGUUUGGAUCCAGAGGUUAACCUGAUUACCCGGGUAGCUCUCUAUAUCUUGCGAUGCCACAAUCAGCGUGCAUUCCCUGUCGAGACCAAGAUACACAUCGUCAACCCUAUCCCGCUGGGUCGAGGCCUGGGUUCGUCCGGUACUGCUGUGGUAGCAGGUGUAAUGUUGGGCAAUGAGGUUGGAAAAUUGGGCCUGAGCAAGGCUCGCCUACUAGAUUAUUGUUUGAUGAUUGAACGACACCCGGAUAACGUGGCUGCAUCUCUCUUUGGAGGCUUUGUCGGCACUUAUCUGAAUGAAUUGAAGCCGGAGGAUGUCGCCCGGAAAGAAAUUCCCCUUAGUGAAGUGUUGCCAUCCCCUGCUGGUGGAAUUGAUACUGGAGUCAAGCCUCCUGAGCCUCCUCUUGGUAUUGGUCACUACCGAAAGUUCCCUUGGGCCCCUGAGAUCAAGGCAAUUGCCAUCAUCCCAAACUUUGUGGUUCCCACCGCUGAGGCCCGUAGCGUCCUGCCCCAAGUGUACACCCGGGCGGAUGUGGUAUUCAAUCUCCAACGCGCUGCAUUGCUUCCCGCAGCCCUGGGCAGCUCUCCUCCGGAUCCUGAAAUGAUCUUCCUGGCCAUGCAGGACAAGGUGCAUCAGCCAUACCGCAAGAAUCUGAUCCCCGGUCUGUCUGAAAUUCUACAGUCCAUGACUCCAGCCACACAGCCUGGUCUGCUAGGUAUCUGUCUGUCUGGUGCAGGCCCUACCAUCCUGGCCUUGGCUACAGAACGCUUCGACGAGAUUGCAGACCGUAUUAUCGCACAGUUUGCCUCCAAUAAAAUUUCCUGCCAAUGGAAGUUGUUGGAGCCUGCUCAGGAUGGUACUACUGUUACCCACAACUAA